ACAACUGACGCUUAUAACAGAAUAUUAGCUAAGGAUGUAUUUCUUGAGGCAGACGUGCCGUCUCAUAGAACUUCCGCUAAACAUGGAUAUGCGAUGUUGGCCAGCGACGGGAAAGUCAGAACAGUGUUAAAAGCACAUCCCAUGUUUGCAGAGGUUUCAAUCACACCAGAUACUUGCAUACGAGUAAGAAGUGGCGAUCCCAUACCCAAAGGAGCUAAUACGGUUGUAACACCAAAGAAUGUAAAGAUAUUGGACGAGGGCAAUGAUAAUGAUUACGAUUAUUUUAACACCAAUGACAAGGAGUACAAAAUUGAGAUCUUGGUCGAGCUAAAAAUAAAUGAUAAUAUUAGAGACGCUGGCUAUUUGAUAAAAGGCAACCGACACAUAUUGAAACAAUCUACACGUAUCGGACGGUCGGAACUGAGUAUUUUGACAUUAUGUGGCAUUAAUACAAUUCGAGUUAUUACAAUUUGUGUAGGUGUACUCUCUGUCAGAAACAAGAUUGAAAAUCCCCUCUCUAGAAACAUUUUGAAUUUAGGAUACAUCUAUGAUAGCAACACGAUAUUUUUAACCUCUUUUUUGAAAGAGAACGGUUUCAAUUAUACGGAUUUUGGAAUUUUGAAUCAUCAGUUCGAUGUCAUAAUAAAAGAAAUGAAAAAUGCUUUAAAUGAAGUCGACGUACUCGUGAUAAUGGGUCUUGUGAAAGAUAAAGAUACAUUAAAAGAAAUCUUAGCAUAUUUUAAGGCUGAUAUACAUUUCGAUUGCUUGGACAUGAAACCAGGAAAAUCAACGAUGUUCGCAACGUGCAUGGUUAAUAAUAAGCAGAAGUUUUUACUGUGCAUGUCGACAAAUCCAGCAACCGUUCCCACUGUCGCUUACGUAGUGCUUCUGCCACUUCUAAACUUGAUGCACAACAACUGUUCCAAGCCUUUCACUAUGCUAACUCGCAUAAACAGUCUCGAGUUGUAUUUGCGUCCAAAAUUUUUAUGGGCGACCGUGCAAUGGAACGAAAAGGAAACAUUUUCAAGGGCUAGUUGUUUAACAAAUCAGGAUCAGAAUAUAAUGGACUAUCAAAAGGCUAAUGCGCUUCUAAUGCUACCGAAACGGACGUUGGAGAUGCCGAAGUUAGAAUGCCCGGCAUUCGUAUCUGCAAUACCCAUAUGUGGAAUACGAAACAAGAAACUUAUCAUUAAUAUGUGUGGCCCUUUAUAUACAAGUGCGAUAACGAAUUUGAUGACAGAUACUACCUUGAUACUGGAAAUAAUAUAUCUAAUGAAUAAUCGAAGUAAAGAAAUUUGUAUGAAUGAUGAAAAUUUUAAUAAGACGUUUAAUAUGAACAAUGUCAAAAUCGAUGAUAAUUCUGAUAAUUCUGAAGUGUCAUUGUAUUGUACCAUCAAAAAUGAAACGAAAAAUAUAUUGGUAGGAAAUAUAUCGAAAAAAAUCUAUGAGAAACAAGAGCAAACAGUUAUGAAGUCGAUAAAAGAAGCAUUAGAUAUUAUGCAAAAAACAUUAUUAGUCAAUGAGUAUGACGAAUGUAUAGAAAUCGAAGAAAUGAAGACGAAUGAAGCUUACGGCAGGGUAAUAGCUAAUUCUAUAGUAUCCUCUGUAGAUGUGCCGUCUUAUAACACUUCGACAAAACGCGGAUACGCGGUGUUGGUCAGCGACGGGAAGAAUAAACGAAGAGUACUGAAAGCAUAUAAUCCCACAUUUGCAGAAAUUGUACCUGGUACUUGUGUGAGAGUAAGAAGUGGCGAUCCCAUACCCAAUGGAGCAACGGCGGUUGUAAUGCUAAAAAAUACAAAGAUAUUAGAAGACAGCAGCGAUAAUGACGAUUAUUUUAAUAUCCACGGCAAGGAAUACGAAAUUGAAGUUUUAGUAGCUCCGGAAAAGAACGAAAAUAUUAGAGUCGUCGGUUGCGAGAUAAAGCGCAACGAGAUCAUUUUACAGGUAUGCAGUCGCAUCAGAACAGCGGAAUUGAGCAUUUUGAAAUUAUGUGGCUUCGAUUCAGUUUCCGUCAUAAAACUUCCAUCUGUAGGUUUGCUGUCCAUCGGAAAUAAAUUGGAAGAACCUGGAUACACUUUAACUUUAAAACGCACCUACGAUUGCAAUAGUCUGAUUCUAACUUCGUUAUUGAAAGUAAACGGUUACAAUUCCAUAGACUUCGGAAUUUCAGCUUUUGACUCAAAAGCCAUUAUCAAAAAUAUUGUAGACGCUUUGGACAAAGUAGACAUUCUCGUGAUAAUAGGACAUGCAAAUGACAAUGAUUUAUUAAAGCCUAUCUUAAAAGAAUAUUUUAAUGCUGUUAUACAUUUCGGUCGCGUGGAGAUGAAACCAGGAAAAUCAACAACAUUCGCAACGUGCACGUUCAACGACAGAACGAAGUUUUUUCUAUGCAUGUCAGCGAACCCAGCAACAAUUCCCAUUGUUACGCAUAUACUUCUUCUACCGUUUCUGGACGCGAUGCAAUUCGAUAUUAUGGCUUUUGAUUCCAAAAAUAUCAUUCCAACUUGCGUAAAGACAACGCAUGAGCUGCACCAUCGUCCGAAAUUUUCAUGGACAACCUUACGCUGGUCAGACAAGGAAAUAUUUUCAAGGGCUUGUUGUUCAAAAAAAAAACAUCGAAGCAUGAUAAAUGAAUUUCAAAAAGCUAAUGCGCUUCUGAUGUUACCGCGGCGCACAGUUCACAAUUCAAAGAUAGACGCGGCAUUCGUAUCAGCGAUAUAUCUCGGCUAA